GCCAGCCCAGGACGCCGUACAGACAUUGUACUAAGUUUACAUAAUGUUAGUCCAAAAAUGUCAGCUUCUAUUAUUUGAACACAAUCCUAUUAUCAAGGUCACGUUUGUAUUGUGCUGGUCCCGCUAACUCUGGGUAAAAGGUCAAACAGAAGAACAGUGACGCUGUCACCUGACCAUCAUGUCGGAUGUUCCGUUAUUUGAAAGGGCCAAGAACCGUGGAUAUCAUGGUUUUGACAAAGAAAAAGAGGGAGACUGGCUGGGACCAUUCUGUUUUAUUCAGGGAGCAGACACACAGUAUGGAAUGAUUGCUGAAUUUUUUGAAGUGGAGGGAUUGAUGAAAUGGGAAAGAGAAAUUGAAUUGACACGACAGGCAGUAGUUGCUGCAAAUAUGAUGGAACCACAACCCAAGUUCUUCAUUGUGUGUGGUGAUCUUGUACAUGCUAUGCCAGGUACCAAAGAUAGAGAUGCACAGGAAGAAGACCUAAAAAAAGAGCUUCAAUUGUUAAACUCUGAAAUACCAUUGGUUUGUGUUUGUGGUAACCAUGACAUUGGUAAUACUCCAACAAGACAGACAAUUGCUCACUAUGUAGAAAAGUUUGGUGAUGAUUAUUUUAGUUUUUGGGUUGGCGGGGUAAAAUUUUUAGUUUUAAAUUCACAACUGUAUGAAGAUCCAAGUGAAGUGAUGAAACUGAAGGAUAGUCAAGACAAAUGGUUGGACCAGCAAUUGGAAG